CACUCACGUGGAGUCCCUUGGGCGCCAGCGUCCGACCGUCAUCGUGGGCACGGAGGCGUUAGCCUGCAUAUUGCGCCUCAACUGUGGCAGGUGAACGACGUCCGUCCUCCAGUCGACAGCCGCCUGUUUUAACUGCAGCAUCAGCCGCUCAUCUCAAGGUUCCUGUACAUCACCUUGUGUAUUGAACUGCUGCCCUUUUGGAAGCGAAGAUGGAAGGUCUUUUGUACAAUGUCAACAAUGGCUAUGUCGAGGGCAUCGUGCGCGGUUACCGCAACAGCCUCCUCACUGGUCCAGCCUACAACAACCUGACGCAGUGCGAGACCAUUGAUGAUCUUAAGCUCCAACUUGGCCCUGCCUAUGGCGACUUCCUGGCCUCCCUACCACCGAACCCUUCAACAUCGAGCCUCGCAUCCAAGACUACCGACAAGCUUAUCUCCGAGUUCCGAUACGUUCGUGCCAAUGCUGUCGGCUCGCUUGCGACUUUCAUGGACUACGUCACCUACGGGUACAUGAUUGACAACGUUGCGCUUCUCAUCACUGGCACACUCCACGAAAGAGACACCCGCGAACUCCUCGAGCGAUGCCAUCCCCUCGGCUGGUUCGAGACCAUGCCUGUUCUCUGCGUUGCGACCAACAUUGAGGAGCUCUACAACAGCGUGCUGAUCGAGACACCUUUGGCGCCGUACUUUAAGGGCAGUCUGAGCCACCAGGAUCUCGACGAGCUCAACAUUGAGAUUGUGCGCAACACCCUCUACAAGAACUACCUGGAGGACUUUUACCAUUUCGUCAACAGCCACCCUGAGAUGGCGGGGACGCCGACGGCAGAUGUCAUGUCUGAGAUGCUCGAGUUCGAGGCGGACCGCCGUGCCAUUAACAUCACACUCAACUCCUUUGGCACGGAGCUGGCCAAGGCAGACCGCAAGAAGCUCUAUCCCAACUUUGGAAAGCUGUACCCGGAGGGCACACUGAUGCUUUCGCGGGCUGAUGACGCCGAGGGUGUUCGCCUGGCUGUCGACGGCGUCCACGACUACAAGAGCUUCUUUGACGCAGUGUCGAUUGGUGGCGGUGCGUCCGGACCCGGAAACAUGGGUGGCGGCUCGACCGACGGCAAGUCCCUUGAGGACUUGUUCUACCAGAAGGAGAUGGAGAUUUCGAAGAAUGCGUUUACGAGGCAGUUCACACACUCCAUCGUCUACGCGUGGGUGAAACUGAGAGAGCAGGAAAUCCGCAACAUCACUUGGAUCGCGGAGUGCAUAGCGCAGAACCAGAAGGACAGGAUCGGCAACUUUAUCAGUGUCUUUUGAUCUUGCAACAUACCCCCCCACCCUUUACACAUCGUUUGCAUCACGCCUUUGUAGAAGUAGCGCAUUGUUUCAUUUCGUAAUUGGAAAGGAGAUACAAAUUCUCGGCGCAAAAAUGGACACAGCAAAGAUCCUGACACGGAUAGACAUCAGUCCCGGCUCCAGAUGGCUUCGUAUUGUACAUAAAAAGGAC